AUGGAUGAUCUUGAACAACAUUUAUCACAACAGCAGCGUUACUGUAUUCAAAAGGACGAAAUAACACUGAGCGUUUCAACCGAGUGUGCAGUAUGGAUGAUUGCCAGUACAGAUUCAUUGGUGGCAUUCAAAACAUCAAAAAACUCAAACCCGGUUUCUUGUAUGGAUCAUGUUCAAUCGGGCGUUCAACCUAGUUUUUCAAAAUUGAUUCAGCAUAUGGACAUUGUUAUCAAUCUUGGCUCAUCUACCAACGUGGCAGUAGAUCAAUCUCUUUCAUCAGCAGUGCUAUCAGCUGAGUUGAAUCCACAGACCCAUCAAUCAGAGAUGACUCAGCAACUAGCUCAAUGGAUUGAAGUAACAUCUGCAAUUCACGUAAAAAUGUUGCCAAAUUGCCAAAAAUUCAUUUCUGCAUAUGUAACUCUUUCGCGAAAGUUAUUUCCUGAUAUCGGCAUGUCUGUUGUGUGUGCUGUGGAGGCAAGUGGAUUGAAUGAUGCCCUGCAAUCGUGUAAACUAUUUUUGCUUGAUUAG